ACUUGCCCUUGUAUCUCCGCCUUCUCUUUCUGCAGGAAACUUUAUUUCCUACUUCUGCACACCAAGUUUCUACCUCCAGAUCUGCUUGGCUGUGUUGCUGACAAGCCUGACACACCAGUGCUGCCGGGAAGAAACCAUCCUCCGGACAGAGGAAAAUGGGUGACAAGGAAACAUUUCCCAACUUCAUGUACAAUGUGCUGUCCACAUCUCGUUUUUUCACAAGGAAUAUCAAGGAGAACCAUGAAGAGGCCACCACCAGUUAUGACUAUGAUUAUGGCGCACCCUGCUAUAAAACUGAUGUGAAACAAAUUGCCGCCCAGCUCCUGCCACCUCUCUACUCGCUGGUGUUCAUCUUUGGGCUUGUGGGCAACUUGCUGGUUGUCCUUAUCCUGAUAAACUGCAAAAAGCUGAAGAGCAUGACUGACAUCUACCUGCUGAAUUUGGCCAUCUCUGACCUGCUUUUUCUUUUUACUCUCCCAUGGUGGGCCCACCAUGCUGCAAAUGAGUGGGUCUUGGGGAAUGCAAUGUGUAAAUUAUUCACAGGACUGUAUCACAUUGGUUAUUUUGGAGGAAUCUUUUUCAUCAUCCUCCUGACAAUGGAUAGGUACCUGGCUAUCGUCCAUGCUGUGUUUGCCUUAAAAGCCAGGACGGUCACCUUCGGGGUGGUGACAAGUGUGCUCACCUGGGUAGUGGCUGUGCUUGCCUCUCUCCCAGGGAUCGUCUUCACCAGAUCCCAGAAGGAAGUCUCCGAUUACACCUGCGGCCCUUAUUUUCCACCAAAAUGGAAGAGUUUCCAGACAAUAAUGAGGAACAUCUUGGGUCUGGUCCUGCCCCUGCUCGUCAUGGUCAUCUGCUACUCGGGAAUCCUGAAAACGCUGCUCCGGUGCCGAAACGAGAAGAAGAAGCACAAGGCCGUGAGGCUCAUUUUUGCCAUCAUGAUCGUUUACUUUCUUUUCUGGGCUCCCUACAACAUCAUCCUUCUCCUGAGCACCUUCCAGGAGUUCUUUAACUUGAGUAACUGUGAGAGUGCCAGCCAACUGGACCAAGCCAUGCAGGUCACAGAGACACUGGGGAUGACGCACUGCUGCAUCAACCCAGUCAUCUAUGCCUUUGUGGGUGAGAAGUUCAGGAGGUAUCUCUCUGUGUUCUUCCGAAAGCACAUCGCCAAACGCCUCUGCAAACACUGUCCGGUUUUCUAUAGGGAGACGGCUGAUCGAGCAAGUUCAACAUACACCCCAUCCACUGGGGAGCAGGAAGUCUCGGCUGGUUUAUAAAAUAUGUAGUAAUUUCUUGCUGUUUUUAAAGGAAGAGAAAUAAACUACUCUGGGGGAAGACGAUUUAUAUAUAAUAACAAUCUUUAAGGGUUUGUUGAAGAAUAAAGGACUGUAAAGCAGGUGCCCAGGGACCUCUGCACUGUGUGUCCCAAGGCAGACCAUGUCACUCCUUGUAUAUAGCUCAUGUGUUCAGGGGAUGUUCCAUAAAAACUGUGGCUAGAGGCUAACUCUCCAACAAGCUUAUCUCAGUUCCUGGAAAGUGCAUGUGCUCUUUGUGCCCAAGUGCAUAUGCUCCUCUCUUUGUACAUAUGCUCUUUUUCCAGUCUCCACCAUGUCUUCCUUAGCUCUGUUUCUGUCUCAUGUAAUUGGGGGCCCAGCUGGAGAUCAGGGGGAGGAUGAGACGCUCACAGGGUAAAAGGGAAUGAGGGUGGGGGGGGUCAGGGCCCAGUGAGAGGAGGAGGGAGAUGGGAGACCGGCUUAGCCAGGAUCAGUAUGAAGGUAAAGGGUUCACUCAUCACCAGGAAAUCGUGCUGGCCCUUAGCCCUUUUCUACCCUCAGAAUUUAACUUUGAAGUCUUUGCCACAUCAUGGAGAGCUUGGGAACUGUCAUAACUUUCUGGGAGCUUUGGUUGAGUCCCGUGAUUCUCUUCUGUGUAAUUGCAUGAUAUAUUUUUGCCUUUAUUAUGAUUUAUAUAUGACAAACACAUACUCUACAUUUGAAAUCCAUUAAAUAUCCCGUCUCAUUAUUCACAUGCUUGUUAAGUCACAUCUCCCUAUAUAAAAAUGUAUAAAAUUUUAAAAAUAAAAUAUUCAUAGCCAAUGAUCAACUGGAAAAAAAAAAAAAAAGCCCUUGCUUAGUCAUUCCAGGGAAAGAGGAAGGUUGGAGGUAGAGCUUAUGAGAAGGAGGUGGAGAAUGACGAGUUCACCUGUCGAGGGCAGAGAGGCCAUUGUGAGAGGCCAGUGGGGUGAGGGAAACCACAGCAGGAAUGUUUCCAGAAUCAGCCAAGGGGGGAGAAUAGGAUGCACCAGAAUGUUGCGAAGGCCUGGUAUUUCUCGAUCCAGGUGGUGCUUGUUUCAUGGUUGCCACUUCCUGCCUUCCGGCUCUCCGUGUCCCUGAAUUUCCCCGCAGGCUUUAGCAUAUAACCCUGGGCGGUAGGAUUGCCCUAUUCCAAAAACCAGUUGGUAGAGGUCCAAGAGAGCAAACCAGGAGAGAAUGUAAAGGAAGCUGCAAGGCAAGAUCCCUUGAGAGCCUGGGAGAGGAAAAAUCAGUCAGUAAGUCCUGGGGCAAAGAAGGAGCCUGGAGAUGUAACUGACAGAAGGCCCCGCAUUGGAAUUGACUUACUAAUCACAUAUCGGGCCUGUGAAUCUCAGUGUCUAAGUUAGCAGGCAGAAGGGUCUAGAUGAGGAAGACUAGCUAGCCUGGAAAAAAACAAAAGUUUUCCAAACUACCCUCCAGCACCUCACUUUUGGAUACAGCCAUUGA